UUAUCAAAACUCUCCUCAGUACAUUCUCGGCUGUUGUGUGAAGCGGUAUCGCUUAUGAGUACUGUAUAUGAUUUUUUUCGCGCGCUAAUGAUCGCAAUUGUGGGCUUUUGUGUCGUGAAUUGACGUGAUUUCGAUUCCUGCCCUGAGUAAAACUUGACGGAAUCACGUGGAAGCGAGUGAUUGACAAUGAAGGAAGACGAAAUUGGUGGCAUUCAGCGAUCCAGCGCCCAAUUGGUCAACACCCAAUCGACAGACACUGUCAACAGCAAUGAUGCGAUUGGGAAUGUCACGUGGAUGUUCUGGAAGACCAGACGCUACAUUGUCGUGAUGAUGGCCUUCCUGGGCUUCUUCAAUGUCUACGGACUGCGUGUGAACCUCAGUGUGGCGAUUGUGGCGAUGACGCAGAAGUUCAACGUGACUCUUGAGAAUGGAACUGUUGUGCAGGAGCAGCACUUCGACUGGGACUCGAAGCAGCAGGGACUGAUCCUCAGCUCCUUCUUCUAUGGCUACAUCUGGACACAGCUGCUGGGCGGCUACCUUGGCUCCAAGAUCGGCGGACAUUAUGUGUUUGGAGCCGGAAUUGGCAUGACGGCCUUUCUCACUCUUCUCACUCCGGUGGCGGCCAACGCCAGCAUCUACGUCAUGGUGGCCAUUCGGGUGAUCGAGGGCAUCUUCGAGGGGGUCACUUAUCCGUGCAUUCACGCCAUUUGGGCGCGCUGGGCGCCGGUCUAUGAGCGCUCGCGCAUGUCCAGCAUCGCCUAUGCUGGCAGCUAUGCUGGCACUGUGGUCGCCAUGCCUCUGUCCGGCGUUCUGGCGCAGCACUGGGGCUGGGAGAGUGUCUUCUACGUGUCAGGUGCGAUUGGGUGUGUCUGGUGUGCCGCCUGGCUGACGAUUGUGAAAGCCAGUCCGGGCAAAGAUCCCUACAUAUCUGAGGAAGAGAAGAAAUACAUUCAGAGCAGCAUUGGAGAUCUGGCCAGUCAGAGGAUCAAGCAUCCCUGGAAGUCGAUCGUCACUUCAACGGGCGUUUGGGCCAUCGUGGCAGCCAAUUUCGCAGAAACCUGGGGAGCCUACACCUACUUAACACAGCUGCCGACCUUCCUCAGAGACACUCUUGACUUCGAUUUGGGCUCCACGGGUUUCCUGGCCGCUCUUCCGUACGUCAUGAUGAUCUGCCUGAUGGCGUUGUCAGGAUAUGCCGCCGAUACUCUGCAGGAGCGCAAGAUCCUGACCACGCGCCAAGUGCGAAAGUACUUCAUCUGCUUCGGCUUCGUCAUCCAGAUCGCCUUCCUCCUGCUCACGUCGUACCUGGUGAACCCGAGCGGCGCCGUGGCGUGCAUCGUGAUCGCCGUGGGUCUGAGUGCACUCACGAUGUCUGGCUUUCUAGCGAAUCCCCUCGAUUUGGCGCCAAACCACGCCUCAGUGAUUCUGGGCUUCUCCAACACCAUGGGCACCGUUCCGGGCAUCGUGAGUCCCCUGCUCACGGGCUACAUCGUCACCAACAGCACCAAAGAGCAGUGGAGGACAGUUUUCUUCAUCACGAGCGGCGUUUUCGCCGCCGGAUGCAUAAUCUACUGGCUGCUGGCCAAAGGAGAACUUCAGCCGUGGGCUCAGCAAACCAUUCUGCCCGCCGAGGAGAAUCAAUCAUCCAAGGAGGAUGCAAAUGAGGCUAGAAAAAACGGAAGUGUCGAAGCGAAUCGUGAUUGAUAUGGGAUUGAAAUAUACAAGCCAUUGAGACUGACGUUAUAGUGGCGAUCUCUUUAUCAUCAACUGAUCUCUGUCAUCAAAUGUGCUUGCAAAUUGUGUAGAAAUUACAUGGAAUUUGUUCUGGGUUACAUAAAACGGUCUGUAAAUCUUUUCGAAACAUAGAAUAGAAUUUAUUACAAUAACAACAAUCGCUCAUGAUUAUUUAUUAGGAAUUUUAGCAAUAAUAUCAUCCGCAAAUUCCGGCUUCUGGAAAAUGUUUAUAUAAUCUUACUUUUUGCCAUAAUAUCCAUAAAGUAUAUUAUGACUAUAUAGCUCUAAAUUUGAUAAAUAAACAUUAUAAAACGUAUUGUGAAUCUGACGAGAAAAUGCGCGUGACACUUUUCUCAGCGAAAAUCACGGGCAAAACAUAUUCUAGGGAGAAUUUCUCCUGAAACAGUGAAAGUGAAAACAUAAAUAACAGCAAAAUAUCCUUCCUGAAACACAGAACUUCACGCAGUAAUAAAUUUCAAUGGAAUCGACAAGU